AUGCCCGGUCGCAAGGUCUCAAAGGACCGGCUGACCGUGGCGUUUCUCGUUAACGCCGACGGGAGCCAUGUUUUCCGGCCGCUCGUCAUCAGCAAGGCGCGCCGUCCUCACGAUUUCCGCCCGGACUACGACCCCGAAGCCGUCUGCUACUGGCGGCAUAACGCAAAGGGCUGGAUGACCAGCCAGUUGUUCACGCAUUUUAUGUCGCAGCUCAAUGCCGCGAUGUAUGCCGAAGGGCGGCACAUCGCGGUGCUGCUCGACAACGCGAGCUCCCAUAUGCUGCGGGACGAGUGCGCGUGGAGCGAAAUCGUGUGCGGCAUGAGGACCACCUGCCUCAGCAAUGUGCGCCUCAUCUUCCUGCCGCCGAACACUACCGCGUUCACGCAGCCCCUCGACCAGGGCAUAAUCGCGACCGCGAAGGCCCGCUACCGCCAGCACUGGCUGCGGGCCUUCACGGCACUGUGGAACGACGACGGCGCCACAAGCGCCGUCGCCCGCUAUCGCCCCAAUCUGCGCGACGUGCUGGGGUGGCUCUCCGACGCCUGGAUGAGUGUUGGUGCGCGCACCAUCCAGAGGUGCUGGUGGCGCACGGGGUGCCUGCCUCUGUCGUGGUCCAUGGACCUCACUCACGUGCAUGAUGAUGAGCCGACCCCUCACGCUUACCCCGACAUUGAGCUCGACGACGACAUCGACGACGUCGCCGAGCUCAUUGGCGGUCUCGGCCUCGGCACCGGCGCGAUGACCGCCGCCGAGUACGUCGCCAUUGACGAGGGCGAGCCGACGUGCGCGGAGCCGGGUGCGGAGCCGACUCGUGAUGAUGCGGACGUGGGCCUGGUGGCGGAGCUAUGGAGGGCGCCGACCACGAUGCAGACGGUCUAUGACGACUCCGACCCCGUGGGCCGUGAAGCGCGGCGCACAGCACGGGCGGCCAGCGAGAUGCUCAUCGGCUACGCUCGCGCCGUGAGCGUGACGCCGCGCGACCUUUGCCACCUCUUCGACAUUCGUAAUUUAAUCAUUCGUGAGCGCAUGGAGCGGGCAAGCCCCGCGCUCAAUCUCAACACGGCCCCGCCGCCCGGGCUUUCGCCUUUCGCAACUCCGCCGCCUGACACCCCGCGUCCGCGGGGCCGAGUGCUGCCUGGCUGGAUGACCCAGCCGUCCCGCCGUCAGCAGCUUCUGGACGGCGGGGUUGGCGCCGCGAUGGGCGGGUACGUGGAGGCGGCAGAAUGGAUGCAGGUGUGA